AUGGCCGAGUACAUCUGGAUUGAUGCCAACGGCGGCACUCGCAGCAAGACCAAGACUCUCUCCAAGGCCCCCUCCGGCGUCGACGAGCUCCCAGAAUGGAACUUUGACGGUUCAUCAACGUCCCAGGCUCCCGGUGACAACUCAGAUGUCUACCUUCGCCCCGUUGCUAUGUACCCCGAUCCUUUCCGUCGCGGUGACAAUAUCCUCGUCCUUUGCGAGACCUGGGACUCCGAUGGAUCUCCCAACAAGUUCAACUACCGCCACGACUGCAACCGUCUGAUGGAGACACACGCCAAGGAGGAGUUUUGGUUUGGUCUUGAGCAGGAGUACACCCUCCUCGGCCCCGACGGCUGGCCUUACGGAUGGCCCAAGGGAGGUUUCCCCGGUGCCCAGGGUCCUUACUACUGUGGUGUCGGUACCGGCAAGGUCUACUGCCGUGACAUCGUCGAGGCUCACUACCGUGCCUGUCUUUACGCUGGUGUCAAGAUCUCCGGUAUCAACGCUGAGGUCAUGCCUUCCCAAUGGGAGUACCAGGUCGGCCCUUGCGAGGGUAUCGAGAUGGGUGACCACCUCUGGCUCUCCCGUUUCCUCCUGCACCGCGUUGCUGAGGAGUUCGGCGUCAAGAUCUCUUUCGACCCCAAGCCCAUCAAGGGUGACUGGAACGGUGCCGGUCUGCACACCAACGUCUCCACCACCUCAACACGUGCCGAGGGUGGUAUGAAGGCCAUCGAGGCUUACAUGAAGAAGCUCGAGGCCCGCCACGUCGAGCACAUCGCCGUCUACGGUGAGGGUAACGAGGAGCGUCUUACCGGUCGUCACGAGACUGGCAACAUCGACAAGUUCUCUUACGGUGUCGCCGACCGUGGUGGCUCCAUUCGUAUCCCCCGCCAGGUCGCCAAGGAUGGCAAGGGCUACUUUGAGGAUCGCCGUCCCGCUUCCAACGCUGAUCCUUACCAGAUUACUGGUAUCAUCGCCGAGACUCUCUGCGGUGGUCUGUAA